CCGCACCAGCGACUAGUGUGACCGUCGUGCAGAAGGGCAAACUGAAAUUCAGUUCGACGACGCGAAACCCAAAAAUUAAAACUAAUUUAUUUUAAGUUCGGUGCGGACGAGAAUCACAAUUGCUGAGCCCAGUGCGUUGCUAGUGGUUCACCUGUUCCGAUAUCUGCCGCCAUCGGUUGUUAACAAGAGAAACAGACCAGCCGCAGCCCGAUAACCCGUCCUCAAAUCGGAACAAAAGAGAAAUUUUUUGCGUGGUCACCAGUCGUCGUUUGUUUCGGGAAUCGCCAAACAGAACAGAAAUUCGAGGGCCAGGCAGUAAAAUGCAAUAGCUUAGAGCCGGAACUAAAACCAUUUGAUUCGUAGCAGGUGAAAGUUGGUUCGGAGGUUCAGGAGAAGAAGCGGCGGAAAAACUACGCCACAAACAAACAAAAACAGAGAGGAAAAACCAUUUCGCAGCAACUGCGCAUUGUUUCGCAACGCAUUUAAGAAAUGCCGGAAGAAGAGCCGCCACAAAAGCCCAUGGAGGAGGAGGAGGAUGAGGAUCAUGAGUCGGACCAGCAGGAUCAGCAGGAUCAACUGCCCCAGGGGCAGAUUUUAAAUCAGCAGCAACAACCAGAGGAGGACAAACCCGAGGAGCAGCCACAACAGCCGGCGGAAACAGUUGUGGUCACCGAAUUGUCCGCCGAAGAGAUGCGCGCCCGUCGCCUUCGGACUUUAGCUGCCCGAAGCGGAAUUCAGAGUGCUCUGCCACUGACUCCCAGUCCCGAGAAGGCGCCUCGGAAGCAGACCAAUGUCUCUAGCGAGUCUCGACUGGUGCGCGAGGCCACGCCCAGCGACAAGGAGGUGUCCAUGCCCACACCAGCACCCGCCUGGCCGGAGCUGAGCGGCAAACCGGACAUGGAUGUGGAGAUGAAGUCGGUGGCCUCGACUCCAGUGCAGGAUGUGGAAAUGACUCCGGCCCUCAGUCUGCCAGCCAACGAGGGCACCAAGAGGAGUGUGCUGCAGAGCUGCAAGAUCUCCGCUGGCAAUCAAGAAGUGGCCAUCGAGUCUCUGGGCAGUCCAACAAAAAGCGCGGAAGAGCAGAACGAGCAGCUGCUCUCCCGCAUGCUGAAUGCUACGUGGAAUGAGUACGGCAGCGGUUCCAUCAUCUGUGCCCAAAGCGCCAGUUUCCUGGAGCAGCAGCCCAGCCGUCGAUUCGACUUCGAGUGCAUGGUGUCCAAUGUGCUGAUGGAGGCAGCUUUAAAGAUCUACAACGAUGAGCUAAACGAAGGAGAAGGCGGCUCCACUCUGACGGACGAUAAGGAGUUCUCCUCGGCCAAGAAAAUUAAAUCCGACGAUACGGAGGUGCAGGAGAUCCUGGCCAAUGCGGUGGCCACCGGUGGAGCAGCAGCCACCGAAGAAACAGCAGCGGGCGGAGCACCUGGCCCGAUGGAGACGGCGAGCAGCGAAGCUGGAGGUUCCUGCGUGGCGCCAUCGGUGCUUAGCAUCGUGACCACCACCAAGCACCGCGUGAUGCUCUACUUGAUUCGCUGCUACCAGAACUACCAGGAGGAGUGCGCCCGCAAGACGGCACAAACCCAGCCAGCACUGCAGUUGGCCUUCGAGCAGGUGAUGCGCAUGGCCGUCCUCGUGCUCACCGAUCGCAUCCACCAGAAUCUCAACGGUCACAUGGAUCAGUCGACUCUGCUGGAGCUGAUGUACAUGGACAAGGUGAGCGAGUCCUUCCUCAUCGACCUGAUAGCCCACACGCACCAGGAUCGCGAUGCCUUCGACACCAUUUUCAGUCAGGUGCUGCGCGGCCUCUUCGCCGGAAUGCAGCGCAACAUCUGCACCUCGAAGAUCAGUGUGCAGCAGAUCGAGUGGCUGGCCAAGCUGGUCACCAUCAAGGUGGGCACUUUGCGGCCCAUCGCCGAUCUCGUGUCCCGACAGCCCAACUUCCUGCCGCCCAUCUGCACAAAGAUCUCCGGACGGGAAAUAGUUAAGUGCAGCUUCCUGGGACCCUUUCUCUCCGUCUCGCUGUUCGCCGAGGAGAACGUCAAGUUUGCGGAGUUCAGCACCAAGAACAAGCUCGAAGAUGCUGCCAGCUCCCGCUUGCGAUGGGAACUCCACGCGAUGCGCACUCACCUGCACGUUGUUUUCCACGCGCUGUGUGUGAAUGCCAGCAGUCGUCCCAAAACCCUGGAGUACAUCUCCAGAAUUCUUCUCCACAACGAUCGCCGCGUGCAGUUCGCCAGCGACGAAAAGCUGCUAGCCAGAGACGGAUUUGUGAUUAACCUGAUGAGCGUGCUGCAGCAGCUGUCGGUGAAGAUCAAGCUGGACCGCAUCGAGCCGAACUUCCACUACUACAAGAACUCCUUGGUGAACAUCGAGCAGGACACGAAGAUCCGGUAUAGCGAGGAGGAGUACCGCAACUUCCUGGCCCGCGACUUCAGCGAGCCCGUGGAGAACGCCAACUUCCAGACGCAGUGCUGGUUCCUCACCCUGCAGGCCCACCAUCUCGGCUAUCUGCCCGCCAUCCAGCGCUACCGACAGAAGGUGCGCGCCAUCAAGGAGCUGCAGAAGCUCAUCGACGAGCUGGAUCGCACCAAGCCGCAUUGGGUCAACUCCCGCUACGCCAACCGCAACAAUCAGUUCAAGGAGCGCUGGGAGAAGCAGCUGCGCAAGCUGAAUCGGUCAAAAACCUGCAGCGAGAUAACGCUCUUGGAUCCCGCUCUGCUCCAGCGCUGCACGGAAUUCUACUCCACUGUGUGCGAAUUCAUGCUGUACCAGUUCGAGGGACGCCCGAUCGAGGGACCCUUCAUCUCCAAGCUGCCCGUGCAGCAGCUGAAGCCAACGGAUGCAUUUUCCGCACUGCCCGAGUGGUACAUCGACGACAUCGCCGAGUUCAUUCUGUUCACCAUGCAGCACGCCAACGUGGACAUCCGCCAGGGCAUCGACCACUCGAUCAUCACCUGGCUGCUGACCUGCGUCUGCGCCUCGCAUCUCAUCAAGAACCCCUAUGUGACUGCCAAGCUGGUCGAGGUGAUGUUUGUGUUCUCCCUGAAGCCAGCCAAUUCGGUCAACACAGCGAUGUGGAAUCAUGAGCUGGCUCAAAACGCCCUGGUCAGCGCCCUGAUGAGAUUCUAUGUCGACGUAGAGACAACCGGCCAAAGCACUGAGUUUUACGAUAAGUUUACCAUUAGAUACCAUAUUAGCCAUCUGUUCAAAUCCAUGUGGGAGAAUCCCAUCCACCGGCAGGCAGUGAUCUGCGAGUCGCGUGUGGGCAAUCAGUUCGUGAAGUUUGUCAACAUGCUGAUGAACGACACCACUUUUCUGCUGGACGAGUGCCUCGAGAACCUGAAGCGCAUCCACCAGACCCAGCAGCUGCUGUCGGACAAGGCGAACCUGAGCAAGAUGAGCGCCGAGCAGCAGCAGAGCCGACUCACCCAGCUGGCGACGGACGAGCGCCAGUGCCGCUCCUACUUGACACUGGCUCGAGAGACAGUCGAUCUGUUUCACUAUCUGACAAGCGACAUCAAGGAGCCGUUCAUGCGCGCCGAGCUGGUGGACCGGCUCAGCUCCAUGUUGAACUUCAAUCUGAAGCAGCUGGCCGGGCCCAAGUGCAACGACCUGAAGGUCAAGAACCCGGCCAAGUACGGCUGGGAGCCACGCAGCCUGCUGGCCCAGAUCUUCGACAUAUAUCUCCACCUGGACUGUGAUAGAUUCGCCGAGGCCUUGGCCGCCGACGAGCGAUCCUUCGACCUGCAGAUCUGCAACGAGGCAGCGCAGAGGAUCAAGCGAUUGGCCCUGCGCUCGGCGGUCGAGGUGGAACGCUUCAAGGCGCUCACCCAACGUGCUCACGAAAUCUAUGUUACCAACCAACAGACUGAAGAUGAAUGCGCCGACGCGCCCGACGAGUUCAAGGAUCCACUGAUGGACACGCUCAUGUCGGACCCCGUGGUGCUGCCCUCCGGCACGGUAAUGGACCGGGCGAUCAUCACACGGCACCUGCUCAACAGCUGCACGGACCCCUUCAACCGACAGCCCCUCACCGAGGACAUGCUGGUGCCGAACAUCGAGCUGAAACAGCGCAUCGACGCCUGGCGCAAGGAGCAGCGCGGCAAGCGGAACAACAGCUAAGCCCUGUUCCCAGCCGGCCACGCCCACUCUCCCCACAAACCCUACUGCUACGCCUAGGACUAGUUUAAUGUGCAGUUUUAGUGUCUACCUAUCUUCUACAUACAUAAUUAUAAAUAUUCUUUGUGCAGGAUUUAGUUUAUUUGAGGCGCCCGCUUUUUGGGCAGCCCGCAAGCGUCAGUAAACCUUAAUCGCCGCUCCCGACGGGAUGGCGUCUACUUAGAUGUUUGAAAAAUACUGAAAAUUUUUGCAAAUGUUUCGUUUGUUUUCCUUUUUGGUCGCGAAAGGCGAUAUGAUACUGUUCGUUUACCAUAAACGUUGUGUGGGUCUUUGGUGAUUUACAAAAAGAUUGAAUUUAUUUGCAAUUGGAUUCACAAAUAAAAAUAAUGAAUAAACAUUA